AUGUCACCCAUGUGUUUCCCGCUUCUGGUGGCCGCUUCUGUCAUCAAUACUCUCCUGCCAGCGCCAUUGGUGCUUGAUCCAACAUUUACACGUUUGCCCACGGGGUCCGUCAAGCCAUCUGGUUGGGCUUGGAACAUGGCCCUGGUCCAAGCCAAUGGCUUGGCGAGUCAGCAGCCUGUAUGGUUCAGCUACGUGAAAAAUUCCGUCUGGCAAGGCGGGAUGCUCGAAUACAGCGAGAUGCAGGAAGCUGCGCCUUACUGGUUCAACGGAUGGGUUGCGCUCGCAUAUCAGACUCAGAACGAGACUUUGCGCGAAUAUACCAAGACAUUUUUGGACUACGUUUACGCGUCGCAGGAGUCAUCCGGUUAUUUUGGCCCGUAUCCCUUUGACUCAUCCCUUCCAACACUACUCUGGCCGCGGUAUAUGACUAUGCUCGGUCUCAUCCAAUAUGCGGAAGCCGACGCCAGCGAGACUAGCAAAAUAUCCGACCUACUUCAUGCCUUCGUGCCAUACGCAGCUGAGAAAUUCGCGAGCGGCGAUCUCGGUGAUCCAUCUCUCGGUGAGCAAUAUGGGUACCAGCAAGUCCGCUGGGAAGAGGUGGGGGCGCUCGUACAACUCGAAUUGUUCCAAGCUGAUGUAAGGCGGAAGUUUGUGCUCGUAUUGCAGUGGCUAUACGACAACGACCCGCGGGGACAGCAGACUCAGUUGAUCUCGCUCAUGAAGGCCGCCCGUGCACAGGGCUUCUCUUGGAAAGAUGACUUGUUUGUAGAUAACGGCACAUUCCCUAGAACAGCAGUCCCUGCGGCCGAGGCGGGCAUGCACAACCAUGCGCUGAAAUCGGAAGCAUUGGCUUGGCGAAUGACCGGGGAACAGAGCGACAUCGAUAGCACUACCACGGACGUCCUCAAGGCAUUUUCAACACCGAUGAACAUCUGGCCGGUCUUCACCCAUCAAGAGGGAGCGCCCCAGUGGGCGGAUCUCUUGGAGAGGGUUGCCUACAAUUCUCUUCCGGCUCAGGCACGUCUUCUCUGCCUAGUGCACGUCAAUUGGGUUUUGACAGUAAAACCACGUAUUCAGAGUACACCAGAUUGGUGGGCGCACCAAUAUCUCCAGCAGACGAACCAAAUUUGGGUUGCAAACCAUAGUCAGGGUGUAGUAUGGACCGACGGGCCUUAUAGCAACGUGAUGGGGAUGGAGCCAAAUUACCCGUGCUGUUCAGGCACUGUCAAUCAUCCACAGGGAUGGCCGAAGUUCUGGAGUAACAGCUUCUUGUUGGCCGACAACGGUACAGCCCUUGUACAUGCCUUCUUAGGACCAGCGACAGUCUCUACGAAGCUCGCAGAUGGUGUGUCGACUAGCAUCACCGUGAAGACAGACUAUCCCUUCGGCUCCACGCUGAUUUACGAAGUCACAUCCUCCGCGCCGUUCACAUUCUACAUCCGCAUUCCCAGUUGGGCCCAGUUGACCAGUACGAUUGCCGUCAACGGUGGAGAUGCCUCGGCGCUGUCGCCCGAUACAUCGAGCUCGUUGCAGAGUGUACGUGUCGGAGCGGGCAUAACAUCCGUCGAGCUAUUCCUUGACAUGCAGACCGAGAUCGAGCAGAGGUCUAAUGGCAGUAUUGCUGUGUACCGUGGUCCGCUCUUGUAUGCGGUUGAUCUGGGCCAUAACGACACCACGACGCUCGCUAUGAGGUCUUCAGGGCCACUGGAGUUCCUGGAGACGUUGCCGAAUGUCCCGGCGGCCGACCUUACAUUGUACGACAACCACACGCACGACCACACAUGGGUCGUCACCACGCCAUGGAAUGUUGCAAUCGACCCGUCGACGUUGGAGUUCCACGAGCAAACCAUAUCCGAGUUGCCCUAUUAUGUCUGGGAAACAGGAGCACAGCCUCAGUCGAUGACAGCGACCGCAUGUGAGGUAGAGUGGCCGACAUUGCUUGGCGACGCGGAUUGGCCACCUGCUAAUGCAAGCUGCCUGGGCGGGUCAUUCGAGGUGACAUUAAGGCCGUUUGUCCAGCCUGCGGGACAGCGACACGCUUGUACGGGCGGUCAAGGCCACCGAGUGGUAAAGGCGCGGAUGCGGGUCAGCGGGAACGUAGAUGAGCAUGUAGGCAAACGCUUGCAAGCCACUUGGGUGGACAGGGGCGAGUUGCACCCUCAAGAAGGCGUCUGCGGGGUGGCCGUGGCGGUCCUCUUUCGUGUUCAAGCCCUUGGGCAAGCUGAAGCCGCUGUAGUCAUCGCAGCGCACGACGUCGUUCUCCUGUGUCCUGUCAGGUGGCCACGCAAGAGUCGGCUGCACGAGGUUAUGGUCCCGGACGUACUGCCCGGUGUGCGCGUCGACAUCCAGCGCAUUACCGUGAUCGAGAACACCGCCCUGCGAGCCGUGCGCUCAUCCACCAGCAUCGCGUGGGUACUCACAGAUCUUUUUCGCGUCGAAGUGGAGACAUUUUCCGAUUACUUCUCUGCGCGCGGUUGUGUCGCGGUCAAACAGGGUUUACUUACAGGGACAGAGCUUUCGAGUGCGGUCUUGACAGAAUUUCAUACAGCAGAGCAAGAAGUCUGCAAGCCUUGCGCAUAUGUCAGUGGCCCGCCUUUUUGA